UGUUAUAUUAGUUCAAUUGGAAAUACUCUGCUGGAUGUUUCUUAACUUAAUUUCACAUAAUCAAGUAUGAUCCUUCUAAAUACUGUCAUAACAUCAAGAAACUUGAUUGUAUGACAAAUUUUGAAGUCAAAACCCCUGUAACCAACCUAACAUGGCAUCUCGAAGAACCAGAUGAUGACGAACUAAGAAAGAAAAAACGGGGGGACUUCCCUGCUCCGACACAGCCUGCUAAGAGAAAGAAGCUAUCUGUCAACAAAUACAAUGUGGUGGAUUCCAAUAAUUCUGACAAUAAUUUCACAGCAAACAAAAUGUUUUCAUACACAGUGGAACAUAAUGGCAAAAGAGAGUCUAAUAAGGAUAAAUUAAUUGCGACAACGGGGAACAAGUUUGCUUUCUCAAAAUCACCCUGUGCGGGUUCUAUAAAUCAAAAUGUUGGCAGACAAGAAAAUAAUGCCUCUAGCAAAAGUAGUACUUGGUCAAAAGCUCAAAUGGCAUGUCAUAAUUCUGACUUUGAAGAACUGGGAUUGAUUAAUGAAAGAGCGAAGAAUAAAUGUGAAGAGCUUAGUCAGGCAGAAGAUAAACAACAAGACAUGCCUUUGGAAGUAGUUGGUGAGGAUUACAUUUUAAGACAUCAGACACAUUGGGCACCGAAUGAUUUGAGGAAAGAACUGUUGGAAGACAUUAACAUUAAUCACAGGUCAAAUAAUAGUGAUGGUGAUUAUGAUUCUGCAGAUACUGAUGAAAUUAUCUCUGGGAAAAUGAUUUCUCACAAAAGUUUGCCAAGAACAAAAUCUAACAGAAAACCAAAUCCUUUGAAUUCCAAAUCUGAAGGAGGUCCUAAGAAAAAGGAGUGUAAUUCUAACAGUAGUAGCAGUGAUGAAGAUUCUGAGGAAGAGAGUUCUGAAUCCAAUUUGGAUUCUGAUUAUGAAGAAAUGAUGAGUAGCUGUUACCGAGUUGACUUAUCGCUAACUGAUCUUGAACAAUUGGCAAACAGUUCCUCCAAAGCUAAGAAAGAAAACGACAAAUCACAAAGUGAUUUGAACUUACUUAAAAGUAUCUCAUUACAACCUUCCCUAGUAAACUCAUUGCCUUCAGCUUCAGGUACAGAAAUUUCCCAGGGCAUGCCUGCCUUGAUGAAAAAUACCGUACCUAAUAGCAUUGUAUCAGCUAUUCAGGAUGAGGACAGCACUGACUGUGAAAUGAUACCAGAAAAACAGCUGUUUAACCCAUCUCAUUCAAAAAAGAUAGUGUCUCUGUUCAAGCCAAAGGAAGACAAUAACAAGGGAGGUAAAAUAAUUAGUGACCAAUUAGUUUUGAAAGUGAAGAGGAAGAUGGAUAAAGAAUCAGGCAGUGAUUCUGAAACCACCGCUGUUGACAAAAAAAAAGUUCAUCGAACCAAGAAUGUGGUACCCUCUGAUUCUGAUAGUGAUGAGAAAUGUGAUUUCAAACCACCACCAUUUAAAGGAACAAAAUCUCUUCAAUUCAACACACCCACCAUGUCCAUUCCUAGCCACAAACUUAACUUUGGUAUUUCUGAAAAUAAAACAGAAAAGUUGAAAUCUAUAACACAAAACUUGGAUAACUCUGAAUUACUAAAUGGAGUAAAAUGCAGUGAUUGUGGAGACUGUAGUGAGGCAGUAAAUGCUACAAACCAAAAAAUGGUGCAUUUUAAGCAAACUGACUCUCCGAAGAUUGAAGCCUCAACUUUACCAGUUGUUGAAACCAGUCACGUGAAUGAAAAGAGAGAAUGUAAAGCUGGAAUUGAUAAAAGUGUUAAAAAAUGUUUAUCGAUUGAGAAUACUGCUUGUAGUUUAGCUGCAGGAACUCCUCGAAAUUUGGAGAAGCAUUUAUUGGACAAUCAAAAGAGGCUGGCUGCAUUACAUGAAAGACAGAAAGAAACAGAGAUGCAGAAGAAACUCAUUCAAGGAGCCCUGUCAAAUUUGGACAGUCAGAAACCUGACAAAAGGAAGCACAUCGUCUUUGAUUUUGAAGAAGAGAGUGAAAACAAGGCGCUGUUUAAAGAUGUUGGAGAAAAUUUUAAAGAAGGCACAAACAUAUCCGCAGAAGAAGGCGCAGAAAGUCAAAGAAAAUUACAUGUUGCAGAAGCUUUUGGAAAAAGAACCAUUGGGAAACUGUUUGAUAGUGAGGAGGAGGACAAUGAAGAUGACAGUGAUGAAGAUUACAGUGGAAGAUUCAAAAUUAAACCUCAAUUUGAAGGAAAAGCUGGUCAGAAGCUGUUUGACUUACAAUCACGAUUUGGAACUGAUGAAAGAUUUCGCAUGGAUAAACGAUUCUUGGAAAGUGAAGAUGAAAAUACAGAAGAAUCUGUUACAGAUAAAGGCCAAAAUUCUGAGGAUGAAGAGUUUGUUGAUGAAAAAAAGAGAACACUGAACAUCUUACAGAGUGUCAUCGAAGUUGAUGAUGAAAAGUCUGAACUCAGGAAAGGACAAGCGCGAUUCAAAAAAUUCAAAGAUGUUUCUGCUCUGCGAUACGAUCCUACAAGAGAAGAUCACAUAUGCUAUGAAAGCAGGAUAGAUGAAUCCAAGCCAAAAAGCAAAAAAGAAAGAAGAAAACUGAGAGAAGAAGCUGAAAAGCUACCAGAAGUAUCAGCAGAAAUCUAUUAUGAUGUUAAUGUGAACUUGAAAGAAAUGUUUGCUUCUGGGACCAAAGGAAAAGAAGUAGAAUGGGACGUGAAAGAUAAUAGUCAGGUUCAAGAUCAACCUGUUGAAUCUACUGAGACUCAGGCCACCCAGCACACUGCUGACUGCAUUUCUCAUAGUAAUCCAAAAGAAGAUUCGGCUGGUUUUACAUUUUCAUUCUUUGAGGCUGCAACUUCUAACAGUCAAAAACCAGAACUCUAUCAGAUUGAAUCAAGGAAUAUGACAGCAUUUCCAUGGCAAGAAGAUCCUCGAUUUCAAGACAGCUCCUCUGAAAAUGAUGAUGAAGAGAAAGAUUUGGAAAAUUGUGGAAAUAGCACAGAAAAAAAGGUGGUAACACUUCCUGAGAAGAACGCAAAUCUAUUUUUCUUCUUCAAAGAUGACCAAAGGCUGAAAGAAGGCCCAAAGCUAUUUUGUCGAACCACAGACCUUGAAGAAGAAAAAAAUAACUGGGAAGAAAAGCGAACUCUGCUGAUUGAGGAGUACCGAAAGAAGCACAGAGAAGCAAAAAGGAAAAUAAAGGCCAAGCCGUAGAUCUGUAUUCGUUUGACGAAUGCCUGUUCAGGAGCAAAGUGCUAUCAAUUCAGGCAAAACUAAUUUUCAGUGUGAAUGUCUGAAUAUUUGUGUUUGCCCAUUUUGGAAGGCUGUAUUAUUAUUUUAGUUCUUAAAAUCAUUACCCAUUAUACUUGCCAUAAGUUGGUGAGACACACAGAUUCACAUUUUAUCAUGUUGUGAUUCCUCACAAAUGGCUAUUGAUCUUAAUUGAACUGACUGAGCAGUUUGAGAUGAGACAAAGUUCUUCCCACAAGGCGGGAAAGAUCAGCUCGUUACUCUUGUACAUUUCCGAGUUGUAGACCGGGAUGACAAAGGAAUAAAAAUAGAUCUCUUCUCCAUAUCUCUUCAUACAAUUGGUGUAGGAAGGGAAAACUGCUGAAAAAAUAUUAAAAAUUACAGAUAUUCUGAUGGAAAAGGAUUUGAAGCUAGUCAUUUUUGAAUGACGAUGCACUUCAUUUUUUGUAAAACAGGAAAUAAAGUUAUUUUGUCUGA